GCAAAAAUAAGCAGCGGUUGUAGGGGGUUUGGUUGUGAGCCGUUUCCGUCGGGCACGAGCUUCCUUUGCUGCGCGGGAGGUCGUGCAGUAGUUCCGAGGAGAAGAACGGAUUGUGUGUGCAAAUCAUGCAGGGAAACCGUGGCUUUAACCAGCAGAACCAUGCUCCUCGGAAGCAGAUGCACCAACACCAUCAACAGAUGCAGCAAGAGACCCCAUCGCCCACCAAUGGGCAGCAAAUGCCCAGUCCCAAUGACGGAGUGACCAUCGAUCUGAAGAACUUCCGCAAACCAUGUGAGAAAACGUUCACUCAGAGAAGCCGUCUCUUUGUUGGCAAUCUUCCGCCUGACGUUACGGAGGAUGAACUUCGCAAAAUGUUUGAGAAAUAUGGCAAAGCUGGCGAGAUCUUCAUUCACAAGGAUAAAGGAUUUGGCUUCAUCAGACUGGAAACACGUACUCUUGCUGAGAUAGCAAAGGCUGAGCUUGACAACUUGCCUCUGCGGGGGAAACAGCUACGUGUCCGUUUUGCCUGCCACAGUGCAGCGUUGUCUGUGCGAAAUCUCCCUCAGUUUGUGUCUAACGAGCUGCUGGAAGAGGCCUUCUCCAUUUUUGGACAGGUAGAGAGAGCGGUGGUAAUUGUGGAUGAUCGUGGAAGGGCCACCGGAAAAGGCAUUGUGGAAUUUGCCUCAAAGCCAUCUGCACGAAAAGCUCUCGACCGCUGUGCUGAUGGCUCCUAUCUUCUUACUGCGUUCCCCCGUCCUAUAACUGUUGAACCAAUGGAUCAACAUGAUGAGGAAGAAGGACUUCCAGAAAAGCUUAUCGUCAAGAAUCAGACCUACCACAAGGAACGAGAGCAGCCUCCUCGCUUUGCCCAGCCUGGUUCCUUUGAGUAUGAAUAUGCAAUGCGCUGGAAAGCACUCAUCGAAAUGGAGAAGCAGCAACAAGACCAAGUUGAUAGGAACAUCAAGGAGGCACAAGAGAAGAUGGAGGUAGAGAUGGAGGCAGCAAGACAUGAGCACCAGGUCAUGCUUAUGCGGCAAGACCUGAUGAGACGCCAGGAAGAGCUGCGUAGGAUGGAGGAGCUGCAUAACCAAGAAGUUCAGAAGCGGAAGCAGAUGGAGCUCAGACACGAGGAAGAACGUAGACGGCGCGAGGAAGAAACUCGAAGACAACAAGAGGAGAUGCUUCGGCGUCAGCAGGAGGGUUUCAAAGGAAACUACCCCGAUGCUAGGGAAGCUGAUAUUAGAAUGGCGCAGAUGGCCCUGCCAGGCUCAAUAGGCAUUAAUAACCGGCCCCCAAUGGGUGGAAGUAAUGUUCCUGCUGGCACGGCAGCAUCUGCAGGGCCUGGUGCGAUGAUGCCUGAGGGAGCUGCUAUCGGAAUGGCUACCCCUCCAACUGAGCGCUUUGGACAGGCUCCCAACAUAGAAACCCUUGGUGGAAACAACCAGCCUGCUUUCCCCCGCGGAGCCCCCGGAGCUGACUUUGGUCCUAACAAACGUCGGCGAUAUUGAUUGCAUUGAAUUGGGCCAUUUGUGCUGCCAUGUGGGCUAGUGAGACUGGUUUUGUAUUGGUAGUGUUCACGUGGUUCUUCGGUUUUCAGAACAGAUGGACUGACCCUUUAAUUUUUAUCCACAUUUUUGUUCAAGGGAGGGUGGCACUACUUCUUAGCAGGUAAAAUUUAUAUAAUGUGAAAAGCUUAAUGAAGAGGGUACUAAGUUUGUCUAUACGCUCUGGCAAAGAAUGGAUUUCAAUCCCCCCCCCCAAAAAAGCUGUAAAGUAUUUAGUACCACGGUGCCCUACUUUCCUGCCACCUCUGUCCAUCAUGCAGUUUGGAUUUUGGUUAUUAAUGAUCCACCUGGCCAGAGCGCCAACUGAAAAGGCUGUGUUUUUGUUUAUAUUUUAUAUUCUGGACCAUAUUUUUUUUUUGUGUAGAUUUCUUUGUGCGGUUGUUGCGUGCUGGCAUAGUCUAAUCCAGCUCCUGUCCACAGUCCCCUUCACCUUAGUUCCUUUUGCUCUGUUUGUUACAUAAUUCUCAUGUCCUAAGUGUCUCCUUCUCCUCACAGCUAGGCUAGGAGUUGUUUCUGGUUAUUCAACAAUGAGAUGUGAUAACCGUUCAUAAAUAAAUGGAAUUUUAAACCUU